AUGAAAAGAAAAGUAGUGAAGGCUGGCAGGCUGAGACUGAGUCCUAAUGAAGAAGCAUUUGUUUUGAAGGAAGAUUAUGAAAGGAGACGAAAACUAAGAUUGCUACAGGUUCGAGAACAAGAAAGAGAUAUCGCCUUACAAAUAAGAGAAGACAUAAAACAGAGGAGAAAUGAGCAAUUUACUCGUUUGGCAGAGGAGCUAAGAGCAGAAUGGGAAGAAUCACAAACUCAGAAAAUAAAGAACUUGGAAAAAUUGUAUUUGACAAGUUUAAAAAAUAUGGGAGAGGGACAUCGACAGGCCAAAGAAAAUGAACCUGAUUUGGAUGGUCUGGCACAGCAGGCAGCAGAACGGAAAAAACGAGCACAAAUGAGGCAUAAAGAGGCCCUGAAAAUACAAAAAAAUCAAAAGGAAGUAUUAAUGAAACAAAAAACCCGGCAUAUAAAAGCUCGAAAGGAAGCAUUGCUUGUGGAAAAAGAAAGAUCUGCCAAAAUUACAAGUCUGCCACCUCCUCCUCCAACUUUUUUUGAGAACAUUGAUGUAAAAAGAAUUCCUUCAGCAAAGACAAAUAGUUCUACUUACCAUCAUCUUUAUGGUCUUGUGAAUAGAGAGAUGGACACAAAACAGCCAGAUCCUCAUUUGGCUGCUGAAGAAGAAGCUAAACGUUUGGAAGUACUACAGAAACAAAUAGCAGAGGAGAGACUGGAACAGUUUGAAAAAGCGCAUGUACGAGGUUUCCACGCAAUGAAAAAGAUUCAUUUGGCUCAAAAUCAAGAGAAAUUAAUGAAAGAACUGAAACAGCUACAACAAGAGGACCUGGCCCGUAGAAGACAGAAUGUAGCACGAAUGGCACCACAGCUAGUUGAGCUGCCAUACAAACGCAGUGAAAUGAAAGAAGACUGGCAGAGAGAGCUAGAAUUUGCCUUUGAAGAUAUGUACAAUGCAGACAAGAAGGUGAAAGGAAACCUGAUUUUGCAACUUGAACCAGAGCCUUUGCCGACUGUGAUCGAUCAGACCCAAGAUGAGGAACUGGACCUUUCAGUGGAUCAAGAAGAUUUAAACGAAACUAAGAAUUUGCAAGUGACAGAAGCUGAAAAAAUAUGCCGUAGUAAAAUAGACGUUCCCUUGGCAAUGAAGACUCAACAGGUCCCUUCAAAAAUUCUUUUUAAAAAAUUAUUAAAUAAAAUCCGAAGCCAAAAAUCUCUCUGGACAAUUAAAUCCAUGUCUGAGGAUGAAAGUGAGACCAUUACAGCUGUGAGCGAAACUGAGAGUAAAACACCAACAGUGUCUACAGGAACAAUUGCCAGUGAAGAGCAAACAUUAGCCCCUGGGCAGGAACAAGUUACUGAAAGUGAUGCACUAACAGUUGAGUCAGGGCCACUUCCUACUGAAGACAAGCCACUUUCAUGCAGCACUGACGCUGAAAAGCAACAAGAAGUGGCAACUCAACCUAUCACAACUGUAGCUGAGAAUCCAGUUCUACUUCACCCUCAGGAAGAAGCCGCCAGAAUUAGAAUGUCAGCAAAGCAGAAACAGAUAAUGGAAAUAGAAGAGCAGAAGCAAAAGCAAUUGGAAUUACUUGAACAAAUUGAACAACAGAAAUUAAGAUUAGAAACUGACUGCUUCAAGGCUCAACUAGAAGAAGAAAAAAGAAAAAAAACUCAACAGACUGGGGUUAGCUUUGCUCCAGCACCGUGCACCAUAAUUUCUGAUGAAGAUAGUCAUAGGCAGAUGAUUCGUAACUAUCAACAUCAGCUUUUAGAACAAAACAGGUUACACAAACAAUCUGUUGAAGCUGCCAGGAAACAAUUAAACGAAUAUCAGACUAUGUUAAAAGAAAGGUACCUACCCAUGUCAGCCACAUCAUUGACAGCUGAUUCUGUUACAUCAGUACAACCUCAGAAAUCUGAAAGGUCCACUAUUGUAUCAGAGCAUUGGGAUCAAAGUCAGAAACCUAAGUUGAGUCCUAACAAAUAUCAACCCACAGAGAUCUCCAAAUUAGAACAAAGUCAUUUUCAGAUACCAAAACAGAGUCUCUUUUCACAGAGACAGGUAGAAACAAUGGAAACGUUAAGCACUUCAGAUGUUUUAGCCAAGCAGUCUUUGGAAUCACAGGAACAUCUGAAGUUAUACUCACAGACUGAAACACAACAGAGAGACUAUAAAUUGAUCCCUGAAGAUUCUUACAGACUUUCAAGGCCUUUGUCACAUGAUAGGCCACUAAUGUUUCAGGAUGCUAGAGAAAUAUCUGAAACAUCCAGGGCAACAACUUUUCAAACUUUAGGCUCCCAACAGAUGUACUCAGAAAAUAGUCAAAGUAAGUCUUCUCAGCUGACUGAACCCUCUUCAUUUCUACCACUGGUAGCUGAGCAUUCUUUUAGUUCUCUCCCUGCUAAAGGUGAAUCUGGACGAAGCCAGGAAGCCCUUUCAACUAAGAGCAAAAGUGCAUUUUCCUUAGGGCAUUCUAUAAUCAGCCAGAUGCAGGAUAGGUCUUUGCCAUUUUCAGAGCGUAUCACAGCCCAGCAAGGUAAUUUGAAGGCUCUCCAAGUACAAUUGGAGCUACAAAAGGAAGUUCUCCGGGCAAGACAGGAAUCUCAGGAACAACUCUUUUUGCACCAACAGAAAGAAUUGGAAGAGCAAACUGGCCUCCCUUUAUUUAUUCCAUUGGUAGCUUCACAUUCAUUUACUUCACUGCCUUCUGCCAAAGCUGAAUUAGAGAGAACUGAGGACUCUUCUUUAACCAACAGUGAUACAACAGUUUACUUGGGCCAUCAUCCUGUGGUCCCACAAAUUCAGGAUAGGCUUUUGAGUUUAUCACAGUCUAACUUACCUCAGCAAGAUAAUUUUCAGGCUAGACGGGAAGCCCAGGAAGUAUUAUGUAUGCAUAAACAGAAUGAAUUGGAUGGAAGGGUGUCUUCUGAGCAGGCUACAUCCUCUACUCUUCCAUCUCAGGAAGCUCAGCAUACAUUUACUUCAUUAUCUUUUGCUGAAAUACCAUCUGGAAAAAUCCAGCAGCAAUAUUCAUCAAAGAGUGAGAACAGAGUCCUCUCAAGCCAGUCUGAGAUCCCAACAUCUCAAGAUAGGUCUUCAAGUUUCCUACAGCAGUUCCUACCUCUGCAGGAUAGGUUAAAGUUGCUCCAAGAACAGCUAACUACACAGAGGAGUAUUCUUCAGGCUCGGCAUGAAGCCCAGGCAGAGUUUCUUCUACAAAGACAAAAGGAUGUGGAGGUCAGUAAGUCUGGGCAGAUGAAUUCUUCAUUCUCAACAGUGAUUGCCCAAGAUUCAGUUACUUCAGCUAGAGCUGAACCUAGAAGGGUUCAGAAGCUUUGUUUAUCUGAUGAAAAUCUAAUUCCUUCAAAUCAUUUCGUCAUCCCAACAUUUCAAGACAGGUCUCUUAGUUUUCCACAGCAAGAAAAUUUGACAACACUCCAGGAACAAUCACACAUACAGAGGGUAAUACAAGGUACUAAACAGGAAACUCGGGAAUUUGUACAUAAACACAGUGAAUUGGACAAAAGGUUUUCUUCUGAACAGGCUGCCCCCUUUUCAUCCCUAUUACAGGUAGCUGAAUCAGAAAGAUCGCAGGAAUUUAUGUCACUCAAGAGUGACAGUACGGUUCCCUUGACCCAUUCUGUGAACCCAAGAUUUCAGGAAAGACAUUUGAGGCUCUCACAACAAAUAUUUCCUUUAAAAGAUAAUUUGGAAGAACGACAAGAAUGGCUAGUUACAGAGAACAGAGCUCUUAAUUUCAGCCAGAAAGCUCAAGAAAGUACAUCUUCUGAACAAAUUGGUUCCUCUUCAUUCAUACCCCAGUUGGGACAGCUUUCGUAUACUUCCUUACCUUCUGCUGUAUCUGGUACUAUCCAGGAACCUAUCUCAAUAGACAGUGAUAGUAAAAUUCCUUCAAGCCAUUUUCAGAUCCCACAAUUGCAAGAUAGGCUUUUGAGGAUAUCACAGCUUAUCCAGCCUCAACAAGAUAAUUUGAAGUCACUUCAAGAACAGUUAGCUACACAGAGAGAAUCUGUUGUUCAAUCUAGAAGGGAAGCUCAGGAAAAAUUACAGAGUGGAUGGAAGGAAAGAGUAUCUGCUGAGCAGGUUGCUACCCCAUCCUUGUUACCCCUAGCAACCCAGCAUUCAUUUGCUUUAUCCCCUCUUACUGAAUUGGAGAGAAUCCAAGAAUCUUGUCCAACUAAGAGUGAUAAUAUAGUCUCCUUAAGUCAUUCUGAGAUACAAAGAUUUUCUGAUAGGUUUUUGGAUUUGUCAAAGCCUGUUUUACCUCAACAAGAUAAUUUGAUUGCACUUCAACAACACUUGCAAGCACAGUCAAAUCUCCUUCCUUUUAGUGAGAAGACUCAGAAAGAAUUGGUUUUGCCUGGACAAUAUAAAUUUGAGCAAAAGGUAUCUUGUGAGCAGUUUAUCCAACCUCACUUAGGUGAUUUGAAGGCACUUCAAGAGCAGUUAGAUGUACAAAGAAGAGCCAUUCAAUCUACAUUGGAAGCCCAAGAAGAAUUGCUUUUACAGAGACUAAGUAAUUUGGAGAAAAGAAUAUCAUCUGAGCAGGUUGGGUCCUCUUCACACUUACCCCAGGUAGUACUGCCUACUGCUGCCUCUGAAAGAACCCAAGAGCCUUUCCCAACCAAAAGUAACAACACUGUUCCCUCCAGUCAUCCUGAGAUUCCAGGAAUACCUGGUAGGCUUUUGAGUUUAUCCCAGUCUGUUCUCCCUCAACAAGAUAAUUUGGUAGCAUUUCAAGAACAGUUGAACUUACAAAAGGAAAGGGUAUGUCCUAAUGAGAAAACCCAGGAAGAACUGUUUUUAAACAAACAAAGCAAGGUGAGCGAAAGUGAAUCUUCUAAGCAUGCUUUGUCUUUCCCAAAGGAGACAGAACAUUCAUUUAUUUCAUUACCUUUUGCUGAAGCUAAAUCUAAAGGAAUUUGUGAAUUGUAUUCAUCCAACAAUGAACAUAAAACUCCCUCAAGCAAUUUUAUGAUCCCAAAAUUGCAAGAUAUUUUGAGUGUUUCACAGCCUAUCUUAGUUCAGCAAGAUAACUUGGGACUUCAGAAGCAGUUGCAUCUACAAAGAGAAGCUCUGAAUUACAGUCAAAAAGCCCAAGAGGAAUUGCUUAUGCAGAGGCAAGCAGCAUUGCAGCAGCAGAUAGAGAAACAUCAAGAGACUUUGAAGGAUUUCUUUAAAGACAGUCAGACGGGUAAGCCUGUAUUUGAAUAUGAUUUAAAAACCCAGAAGAUGGAGCAGCUUAGAGAGUGGUUUCCUCAUCUCCAAGACCUCUCAGGAAAUGAUCAGGAAGAUGUUAAUCAUGCAGAUAGAAGCAACUCUGAUGAUAAUCAACUGCUUUCAGAAGAGAUCACUACCAAACAAAGUGGUGAACAUUUGGACAAAGAACUGGGUAGGAGAUCCUCAAAGCCGCCUCUAGCAAAAGUUAAAUGUGGAUUAGACUUGAACCAGCAUGAACUUAGUGCUAUACAAGAAGUAGAAUCACCAGGAAGUGGCAGAGCUUCUAUACUAGGUAAAACAGAUUUUUAUCAAGACAGAGACCCUAUGAGGGUCUCAGUAAGCCAAGAACAAAGUUUACUUAGUAACUCAGUGGACCAUGAUUCAUUUGAACAUCAACCAAUUACGCAGAAGAAUGUCUGUGGUGAUGACUAUGAUGAAGCAGUCGAAACCAAGGAGUCUCUGACUGAGAAUCAAGUGGAGGAACAAGAACAUACAUAUGUGGGUUCCACUGAGAAACCAGAUAAUAAGACACAAGACAUUUCUCAUGAGCCGUUAUCUUCAAUAACUAUUUCUACUGGGAGCCUUUUAAGUUACGAAAACACAGAUUUGAGCCGUAUAGAUCCAGAGUCAUUUGCAGAGCAGGUGGACCAUAGACCACAAGAAUCUACCACUGGAAAGAAAGAGGAAACAAACGCUUUAAGUUCUGUCAUUCCUCCAAUACAAGCUAUUUAUUACAAGCACAACUCUUCUGAUGCUCAUGAGUCUCCGUUACCUAGAAUAGAAGAAUUAACCUCUGAUCAAACACAUGUUCAGCAGAUCAUAGACAAGUACAUAAAGGAAGCAAACUUGAUGCCUGGAAAAACAGAUUUUAAGGUUGAUUUUGACUUCCCUGAAUUGGAACACACCUUUCCAAAUUUGCAUCGUGAGCUCUUUAAACCCUUAGAACCACAGCCAGACUUUGAUUUGUUAUCUUCAUCCUUUGGGAUUUCUCAAGACAGCAAAGUCUUUUACAAGAACUCAGAGUGUUCAUAUGAAAGUCAGCAUAAUACUGGAUCCUCCAAAACCAUGGAUUCUUUUACUGCACUGAGGAUGAGCCUGAAUUCUUCUGUUAACACAAGUCUGAACCAGCAAUCUGACAGCAACUCAGCUCAUGAUGCAGCUCAAAGUUUUGCAACAGAAAAUAUUAUGAACGGAUCUGAACAAUCUUUUCAACAGCUUCUGCCAGAAUUUUCCUCACAGGAGGGGAGCCAGCAUGCUGAUUUACCAAGUAUUUUUAGCAUUGAAGCAAGAGAUUCUCCCCAAGACAUGGAAAAUCAGAACUGCUUCUCUGAAAAAGUAUUACAAAAUAAGAAAAAAGACGUUCAUUUCCCAGUCUCUGAAGAAAAUUUGCUAAGUUCAUCUGAUGAGGUUAAUGUAUUUACUCAGUUAACUGUACAGCAUAGCACUCCAUGUGCUUCUACGUCUAGUGAGUGCUCAGUAAAAGACCAAUCAGAAGACAGAAAAAAGAGACUGUGCUUUAAAGAACUAUCUGACAAAGGGCUUGCUGUGAUGUUAGAGAAUCAAGGACUCACUGAAGAUGAUAAAAAUGAAGCUGGUGGGGUUGUAGACAUAAAUCCACAUGCAGAGGAAUCUGACUAUCAGUUAUGCGUAAGAACAGUGGAGAUGGGAUCUCCAGUUCAGACACCCCAUUCAUUAACUAUUCAGAGUGAAAAAUAUUUUGAGAAUUCAACUAAAACAGAUACUCCAGAAAUCUUAAGAAACCUGUCUCAACCAGCACAAUCAGAGCUCUUUUUUAGUUCUGGAUCACUUUCAGUACAGAGCUCUGUCCCAGUGUGGGAGACAGAGUCUGGCCAUGGUAUAAUGGAAGAACCAGAACUUACUUUAGUCAGCACCAGUGAUAUCAGUAUUGCUGAAACAGAUUUUGAAAACUUAACUCUAGAAGAAAAGAGCGAGAAUGAGGCAAAAAGCUGUUUUCAGGUGAAUGAAUUUCCACCUUUUACACCAGAAACAGAAAGCUCAGAUUGUCCACCUGCAUCAGAGGAUUGUGGGGAGAACCUGGUAGCACAGCCUGCAGAAACCCUUCAGAAUGUUACAUCUAUCCCAGAAAGCUUACAAGAAGCAUUUUUAAAAAGGAAGAAGGCAUUUAUUGAGAGGUCCGCUCAGAGGCAGAAAGGAAUAAGGAAUAGAAUGUCUCUCUCUGAACAGACAAUCAAAAUAAAUAGAGUUGAGAAACCUACAGGGUCUUCUGUGAGUUGCCUAAAAGGUGUGAGUAAAGUUAGACUGUCCCUCCCUGAAGACAGAAGAACUGCACAAGCACUUGUAUGCCAAAGGGCUCUGAAAGCAUACAAUCAACUAGCUGAAGUGAAACAGCAAAUAAAAGAAAAGGCAAGACAAGAAGCUUAUGCCGAAAAUAGAGCAAGGGCAAGGGCAUUUCAUAAGAAAACACUAGAUAAACUUCGAGCCAAGAAUACAUGCUGA